UAACAAGUAUAUAUAUAAGGCUAUCCAACCCAACCUUACCAUAUAAACACCAGCACUUACAGGAUCAAUUCUGCAAGCCUUUCAGCAGGUUAAUCAGGAAGAUGAGCUGGACAGGAGGAGACUGGAUGUGUCCAGCUUGCCAACACAUAAAUUUCAAGAAAAGAGAAGCCUGCCAACAUUGCAGCUACCCCAAGUAUGGUGGCCCUGAUCCAGCCACGUUCAUAUACAAGCGGCCAGGGGACUGGUAUUGCACUGCCGUGAACUGUGGAUCACAUAACUACGCUAGUAGAUCAAGCUGCUAUAGAUGUGGUGCAACGAAGAAUGAUUAUGGUUACAUGUACUGCUCUGAUGGCAGUGUUCCUCCUGGAUGGAAAAAUGGUGAUUGGAUUUGCCGCAGAGUGGGAUGUGGAGAACAUAACUAUGCUAGCAGAACAGAAUGUUACAAAUGCAAAACACCAAAGGAUUAUGGUAGUGGAGUUUAAAUUGAACCAAGAUAAUGCAAAUUAAAAAGACCAGAUUUCUUGCCUUUUAUUUGCAGAAGAUUAAUAAUCAAGAACUUUUGGAAUUGCCCUUAAUUAGUGAAGAGCUAGCAUAGCCAUGUAUUAGAAUUUGGAAGGGUUUCUGACUUUGUGUACGAUUAUUGCUGUUUCUUACAUGAAGCUUAAAGAAUCCUUUCUCUUC